AGUGUUGAAGCCAAUUCUCCAUUUCCAUUGCCAACCCUCGAAGCUUCCUUCUUCUUCUUCCUCGAUCACUCUUCAUCUCUUUUCUCUCUCUCUCUAGACCUCCAUGGAAAUCAUGGCGACGAAUCAGAAAACCUUCCUCACUCUUCUCCUACUUUCCAUUAUCAUUUCAGUCUCCUCCCAAAUCGACCCGCCAUUACCAAUCCACGAGCUUCUACCCAAAUACGGCCUUCCCACCGGCCUCUUUCCAGAUUCAGUCAAAUCCUAUACUCUUUCUGAAGACGAUCGGAUUACCAUCGAGCUCGGCAGCCCCUGCACGGUGGAAUUCGAAUACACCAUCUGGUAUGAUAGCAGAAUUACAGGGAAGCUUGGGUAUGGAUCGAUAACAGGGCUGAAGGGUAUUCAGUUACAGAGACUCUAUGUUUGGUUUGAUGUUAGCGAUAUCAGAAUCGAUUCGCCGCCUACGGACGACAUUUACUUUCAUAUAAUGAUGUUUGAUAAUAGUCUUAAUGUUGAUCAGUUCAAGGCUGUUCGUUCUUGCUCCAAAAAUGCUUGGAACCGUCUUUCUUCCAAACAGGGACGUUUUCAGGAGGAAGCUUUUGAUACUGAUGACUCUAAAGCUCUGGUUACCGAUGAGUGAAAGUAUGGAGAAGCGCCGGCGACGGUUGCCGGAGAAGAUCUUUAAUUAGUUUGUAUUAUUAUAUGUCGUGUUUGUUACUAGUUGGCUUUUCAUAUUCAAUGUUUUGGUUAUUCACAUAUUUUUGUUUUUUUAUUAAUAAAGAUCAUUU